AUGUUAAUCAAAUCACUCUAUGUUCCCGGUCAUUCAAUAUUACGAGCUUUCUCGAAGAAAAGGGCACCGUUUAUCGAGAAGUCACGAAUCGGCAUUAAGUCAGUAAAGGUUGCCCCCAGAUAUCCCGUAUUAAAGGCGAGAAUGACGAUGGAUAAAAAGCACCAAGAGUUUGAUAAUCUUUUGGUUUUGGAUUUUGAAGCUACAUGUCAAGAAAAUAGCUUGGGACCGAUUACGCCAGUUCAGGAAAUUAUUGAAUUUCCUGUGGUUCAAAUAAGCACAAAAGACUGGAAAGAAAUUCGAAGGUUUCAUGAAUAUGUUCGACCAACGAUUAAUCCGCGACUAACUUCAUUUUGCACGAAUUUGACUGGAAUUAUUCAGGAAAUGGUUGACAAUAAACCAACCAUCGACGAUGUAUUGAAGAAAUUUGACAAAUGGAUAACGGAGGAUCCGAAUUUGGGAAAAUUCGCAUUUGUAACAUGCGGAGACUGGGAUUUGAAAGUAGCAUUGCCAAAUGAAGCCGAUUUCAAGAAAAUCAAAGCUCCAUGCUAUUUCAAUCAAUGGAUUAAUCUGAAAAAGGCAUAUGCAUCACAUACUGGAAACUUUGUGAGAGGAAUGCCUGAGUUGUUGAGAAUUUACAAUCUGAAAAUGGUUGGAAGGCAUCACAGCGGUAUCGACGAUGUGGCGAACAUUUGUGAAAUUGCUCGGUGUUUGGGAGAAAGCGGUCAUGUUUAUAGGAUCACUAGCGGCGAUGUUCAACGUCGACGGGUAUUCAAUGAUGUGAAAGGACUGGUUUAA